AUGCUGCAAAGCACCACUCGGCUUAUCCUUGAUUCAUGCAAUGACUCGACUAAUCUUCGAGAUCUGGGUAGUCUGACCUCAGUGAUUCUUCUAAUAUCUGCUUUGCUUUACAAAGUCCUGUAUGUCCCAGUGGCAUCCUCACCCCAAAGAGACUAUUCCCCUCCACGCUUGCGACUACCUGACUGGAAGGUUACCCAGUUGUUCUUUGAGAAAAGGUUUGAUUUCAUCAAAGAUGGCUUCAAGGCUACGUCAUCUUCCAUCUAUCAGACCAGUCUGUUCAGACAUACCGCCAUCGUACUAUCCGGGGAUGAAGGCCGACAGAUCUUCUUUAAGGAGAAGGGUCUCUGUUUAUAUGAUACAUUUUCAAUCAUGAUGGGCAGUGGCGCUGCUCAAUUUGACCCCCACCAAGUCAGCGGCGUAGUCAGACGCAUGGCUUCCAUCCAACGACCUGAGAAGCUCCAGAAAUUGAUUUCAGUGAUUCUGUCAGAAUGUCAGCAGAAAAUGGAUGCAUGGGACACCCAGCAUAUUCUGGACCCACGCUCUUCCCUUCAUGAGGUCGCUUUUCAAUUGGUCAUGUGCAUUGCUUCCUUUGAUAUCGCCAACGACCCGGUGCUUUCAGCUCGUCUCAAGUCACUUGUCGACACUGUUGACUCGAUCACUAACCCAUACUCGACUUGGUUCCCUUGGUUACCGGGUCCAGCCUUGUUCCACAAGUUCUUUGCUUCUGUUCAAAUUUACAGGAUUGUUCAAGCAGCCAUUCAAGCCAGGAAGAGGAGCGGAAUCAAGAGGGACGAUAUGCUGCAGCAGAUGAUUGAUGAAGGAGAUGGUACCAUUCGAAUCUUUGGGUGUGUGCUAGGGCUAUCACUGGCCGGAGCUCGCGCCACUGGGACCAUUGUGACAUGGCUGAUCAUGCAUAUUUCGUCGGACCCAACUUGGUCCUCGAAUGUUCAAGAGGAGAUCAAGACCUUCAUAUCCGCUCACACAUCCUUAUCAGCCUCUCUCUCUGGGAACGCCCUUAUCCAAACCCUCUCAGAUAUCCCACUCGCAGCCUGGGAAACCCAGAUGCCUAAUCUCGACCUCUGUAUACGUGAAACACUACGCACCUCACAGCCAUACACAGCAGUGCGAAAGAACACCGGAUCAGACCUUACAAUCGGGCCAUACGUCAUCCCCUCGAGAUCUCUCGUAGUGUAUCCAUUUUCGGAUACAGCACUCAAUCCGAAGUACUAUCCGGAUCCAACCCGCUGGGAUCCAUCUCGGGGAAUUGAAAAAGAAACACCGUUUAUUGGCUGGGGUGCCGGAGCGCACGCUUGCAAAGGCCAGCGACUUGCUACGUUGACUAUGAAACUGGUGGUUGUUUAUUCUUUGAUGCGGUUUGAUAUUACGAUGGUUGAUGGGCAGGGCGAAAAGAUCAAUCAUCUUCCCCUUCCGGACUGGAAUGACUCCGCGACUUGUCGUCCAAAGGAGGAAUGCGGAAUCAAGUUCGUUAAGAAGUGA